AUGGUGAAGAUGAAACUUACAUAUACACCCACUGUGGUGCUUAAAAGAGUCGGACCUGGGUUUAUGGACCGAGAGAGCAACGUGCAACCAGGCAAGCGACGCAACAUCCCAACCGGAACAACCAAAACCAAAUCGGCAGCGGAGAAGCCAGAUCAUCGCCCUGCCCGCCGCCGCCGCCGCCGCCGCGCCCUCACGGCCCCUUCGUCGCUCUCCGCCGUGACGCAACCGACUCAAGACGGCCCGAGUAGCGUCAGUUGGCAGUGUGACUUAACCCGGCAAGGACGUUCGACCGCUGUAGCGGUGGUGGUGGUGGCGGUGGUGGUCGCCGCGGGGAACAGCGAGGACGACAGGGCCCCCAGAGAGGCUGUCUACGAUGAUCCACUUGACUUUGAGGCCCACGAGAUCCCUCUCCUGAAGAAGAAGCACGUGAGCUACGACUUCGCGUACAGUGUGCGGGACGACGAUACGGGCGCGGCCUACAGCCACCUGGAGGAGCGCGAGGGCAAGGUCACCACGGGCGAAUACCGCGUGUCCCUGCCCGACGGACGCAUCCAGAUCGUGUCGUAUGUGGCUGACGAAAACGGAUAUCGCGCUAAGGUUUCGUAUGAGCCCUCCAGCGCCGCUCACCCGCCCCCGAAACACCACCAGCCCAAAUACGCGCCCGCACCCGCACCCGCCCACGGGAGGAGGCCGAGGCCACCCCCAGGCUACGGCCGACGUCGCCGACCGAGGCCCCUCCACUCCAAGGUUCUCCACCACGAAGAGCCUGUUCACCACCCCACUCCCCAUUCGUAUCUGCCAGAGCCUGUUCACCACCCCACUCCCCAUUCGUAUCUGCCAGAGCCUGUUCACCACCCCACUCCCCAUUCAUAUCUGCCAGAGCCUCACCACCCUCCCCACCAACCGCCACCCCCUCCUCCUUACCAACCCCCUCAUAUCACAACCUACAAGCCCCUGUACCCGACGCCUCCGGUCCACGCCUCGCCCGCGCCGAUCUACUACCCCCGCAAGACCCCUACAACCUCUAAGCCUGCGCCCCCUCCUCCUCCUCCUCCUCCUCCCCCUCCGCCUGCAAUCGCCACCCCUAAGCCCCCUCCCCCGCCCCCUCCUCCUGCGCCUGUCCCCGUUAUCACGACUCUUCCUCCCCUGACGACGGUGACCCCGACUCCCGCCCCCGUGAUCAGGACGUCUUCCUCGCCCCUCAGACUGCCGGAAGUGACCAGCUACAAGCCCCAAGAGGACGUGACGACGCCCGCUCCCAGGGUUAUCACGACCACGACUUACCGGCCGAGGACCGUCACGCCGCACUCGCUCUUCGUCCCGGCGCAUCUCAUCUCCCCAACUCCUUCUCCGCUGGCAUACACGCCCUCGCCAUUGCCAUACACGCCCUCGCCCUCGCCACUACAGUACACGCCCUCGCCCUACCCUCCGCCCUUACUCCGCGUCGCCCUACGCACCCCCGGUGGGACCCUACACACCUGCCCCUCCCCCGUACCCAAUAAAGACUCCCCUCCACUACUCGGGAGGACCCACGCUUCCUCCGCCCUACGGUGGCCCAUCCCCGCACUACUACAGCCCUUAUUCGUCGCCCUUCUUUGGCCCCCAGUACGGCCCGCGGUUCCCCGGCCCCUCCUACCCGCCUAG